AUGGCCGCUGCUGUCGCCAGCUACCCUUCCAUGCCAGGCCGCUCAUCCACGCCCCCACCGCACCUGUCGCUCAACACGUCUUCUCGUGGCACGCCUGCUCCCAUCCCCAACAAGCACAUUCCAGUCUGCCCGCCCGGUGACCUGCCCGCCACUCCGCCCGCCUCUCCCCCGCGCCACGACAGCCUCAUUGAGACGUCGUCCAUCACCUACCCCCCGCAUGCAUUCUGCUCAAAGUACUCUGACGACCCGCCUCUGUACACCAUCACCGCAGACCGCCUGGCAGAGGCGCUAGAGCACAUUGCAACCCAGCCCCUGCCCAACCCCGAGCAAGUCUUUCCAUGGAUGCAUGGCCUGCAUGCCGACAACCAGAUCCAGCUGGCCUUCUUCUCGUCGCGUCGCAGGAGCGGCCGCAAGGUGCCUAGGUGCAUCCGCAGCAUCACCCUCGUCAAGACGGGCGGCAAUCUGACGGCCUCGAAGCUCAAGGGCGCCAUUGCCCCCGACGAGAUACUGCAAUCCGUGUCUUCGGACGCCCCCCAGUUCAUCGAGUGCGAUCCCAAAGACGGCUUCUCGGUGCGCAACUUUCAGAUCCAGGCCUGCAAGCUGGCCACCGUCUCAGACAUUGUCGUUUACGGCGACCACAAGACCCGACCAGAGGACACAAUUGCCCUCGCCCAGAAGAUCUCCAGGGCUCAGAGGCAGUACGAGGAAAAGAAUGGCCUCCAGACACGCCUGUUCAACACCUUUAUGCUCUCAGAUGCCUUUAGCUGUUUCCAAGAAAAGUACCCAAAACUGGUUGCCAUCAACUCUUCUGGCGAAAUGACGGGCGAGGUUGUAGACUUCUUCUAUUGGGAGCGAUACGAGAUGAGCGAAAUGUCAAAAGCAUCUGAAAUCAGCAACAACGUAUUUCUAGGGCCAACGCCUGACCAGACACUGCACCCAGAAUGUGCCGGAGAGGAUGCAUACGACAUGCUCAUUGAAGCAACGGAUUUGGCCCAUGUACCCGAACCCCGCUCAUUGCGGGCUCUCCGGAUGGGCUUGGAAAAGGUUCACCGCAAGUCGGCCUUGCACAUGGAGUUUCCCUCCUCCGGCAGCAUCAUGCCCCCUACUUGGGCGCACGGAGAAGUCGACGGCCUCAUGGCCAUGUGCAAAUGGAUGUACGAACUCGCCAACCCCCAAGAAGUACGCCGGUCCAAGCGCAGGAGGGAAGACGAGGAUGAAGCCAUUGAGAUGGUCGAUGCUGCAACACCUCGCAAAUUUCUGCUUCACUGCACUGACGGCUACACCGAGACAACGCUUCUUGCGCUUACGUACUUUAUGUAUGCCGAAGGCCUUCCUGUCCAUGAUGCUUGGAUCAAGCUGCACCGUGAAAAGGGCAGAAACUUCUUCGCAUACCCGUCCGAUGUGGCCCUUUUGACAGCGAUACAACCUCGCAUUCUCCAAGAGUCUCCCCGCUUCAAGCAGAGCAUUCUCAACAUCCCGGAGCCGCGCUGGCUGUCGAAGCUCGACGGAAGUCUGCCCAGCCGCAUCUUGCCUUAUAUGUACUUGGGUAAUCUUGGCCACGCCAACAAUCCAGAGCUACUCCGUGCCCUGGGCAUCACCCGCAUACUGAGCGUCGGCGAAGCGCUUUCUUGGCCAGAGGGCAUGCAGCAAAAACUGGAAUGGCCCAGCGAGAAUUUCCUCAUGAUUGACCGCGUUCAGGACAAUGGUGUUGAUCCUCUAUGGGGCGAGUUUGAGCGUUGCUUGAAGUUUAUUAAAGCAGGAAAAGCCGAAGGUGGCGCUACACUUGUGCACUGCCGUGUAGGUGUUUCACGCUCUGCGACCAUUUGCAUUGCCGAGGUGAUGAACGAGCUUGGUCUGUCUUUCCCUCGUGCCUACUGCUUUGUGCGGGCCCGACGGCUUAAUGUCAUAAUACAACCCCACCUUCGAUUCACCUAUGAAUUACUCAAGUGGGAAGAGUACCAGCGUCAGCGACGCAACCAACCUCUUCGCCGCGAACUGGAGUGGGCCACUGUGGCGCGCGAGAUCGCCCUCAUGAACAAGCCCUACUCCAGAUAA